AUGGCUCCCGACGGAAUAAACUCCGAAAAGAACCCUGUGGCGAGCGAGAAGCCCGACAGCGAGGGACAGACCAUGCAUCUCGACAGAGUCCCAUCAGAAGAUGGAGACAACUAUGAGGGACUCACGGCAACAUGUGUCAUCGUCUAUCUUCUCGCACGAAGCAUGGUUGCCGAUAUUGGUGGCAGCGAUAAAACACAGUGGAUAUCACAGUCUGUUCCUAUUGUUAACCUUGCUCUGGGUGCUCCAGUUGCCCAAGCUGCUGAUUACUGGGGCCGAAAAUGGUUUCUCGUUAUUUCCUGCGUCUUUGCCGUCGUUGGCAGCAUCAUCGUCUCUCGGGCCACCAACAUCGACAUGGCAUUGGCUGGCAACGCUCUCGCCAGCAUCUCCACGUCUGCACAACCCCUUCUCUUCGCCGUCGCCUCCGAGAUCCUGCCUCGACGAUAUCGUCCCGCUGCUCAAGGCGGUGUCACUGGUAUCUUUGCCGUUGCUGCCAUCGUCGCUCUUAUGAUGGGCAGUGCCGUGACAAAGGACAAUCCCUCCGGAUGGCGUAUCGUGUGGUACUUCAACACUGGCCUAUUUCUCUUUACGGCCCUCGUCGUCAUGUUCCUGUAUAACCCGCCUCCACGGCCAGAGCAGGUUAACUUUACACUAAGGGAAAAGCUCAGGAAACUCGACUGGGUCGGCAUCAUCAUGCUUCCUGUCGCCGUCACUGUCCUCUGCAUUGGACUCACCUGGUCUGAGAACCCCUUCCCGUGGAGCAACGCUCACGUCGUCGCCCCCUUCGUCAUCGGCAUCUUUCUUGUCAUUAUCCUUGCUCUGUACGAAGCCUUUGUGAAGAAGGAUGGUCUCUUCCACCAUGAGCUCUUCAACCACGACCGGAAUGCUUCUAUCGCAUUGUUCUUGAUCUUUGUCGAGGGAAUGGCGUUCUUUGUGGCCAACUCAUAUGUGCCCCUAGAAAUGUCGGUUCUGUUUGAGACUAAUCCGGUCUUGGUCUGCCUCAACUUCUCCAUCGUCUUUAUCGGAGCUAUUGUUGGUAGCGUCGUCGCUUCUGUCUAUUGCUCAUGGAGCAGGCAGUUGAGAUGGCCCUUGGUUGUCUCCUACAUCGGAUUCGUAAUCUUCUAUGCAACAAUGAUGUCUGUCGGAUUUGGCGAUGGAAAGAAUAUCUGGGGCUUCAACAUCUUCCUUGGUCUCGGUUUCGGCGGCUGCUUGACUUGUAUCGUUGUCGCAGCGCAGUUUAGCGCUCCGCCUGAGCUCCUCUCCAUCAGCAGCGGUGCUCUUAUCACUGCCAGGUCCGCCGGUGCAUCAAUCUGCUUUGCGAUCUGCAACGCCAUCUUCAACUCGCAAAUCACCAAGAACCUUCCCAAGGAUAUCGCCAAAGCCGUCCUUCCUCUCGGCCUCCCCACGGAGUCUCUCGGGCCGUUCAUUCAAGCCUUGAACGACCAUAACGAUAGCGCCUUUGUUAGCAUCGAGGGGGUCACUCCGCAAAUCAUUCAAGCCGGUGCCCAUGGCCUACAACAGGCCUACCUCACGUCGCUCCGUCCUCUCCACGGCUUCGGUCUUGCACUGUCUGCAAUCGCUGUCAUCGCAUCUUUCUUCAUCAUUGAUCCUAAGCGUGACUUUAAUAUGAAUGUCGAUGCACCGCUCGAUGCGCCCAAGGAGCACCCCAAGAAGCAAGUCAAUGCUUGA